AUGGAGCACUACCAAAAUCAGGAUUGUGAUGGCAUCGAGCUGCUCGACUGGCUGUUUGAUCAAAACGACGGAAUCCUCCGUCUCGAGGGAACGGGACGCCAUGGCAACCAUCACACAUGGCCAGCCCAGGACCCGAAUAUGCCGCAGCCGGCCCAACAGGCAGGAGACGACUUCCUCAACGCACUCCUGAGCGGAAGCGAGUCCGUGGCGGGCUCGUCGCUCUGGCCCUCUUCUCCCAGUGACAGUGGGAUCAGUGAGGACCUCCCUCGGACCAGAUGGACAGCCCUCAGCGCACCGAGAGUCCCCCCGGGCAGUAUGUCGGUGCCGAGGCCACAAACCAAGGCGGGCCUCGAAGCCCGAGUCUCCACUGACCUCAAUGGCUGGGAGGCCAGAUUCCCAACGGGCAGGACUACACAACGUCCUUCCGAUGUGCAUCGCCCACAGCUGUCCUGUGGCUUCCCGCUAACUGUCAAGGAUCUGCUGCUGUCUGGCACGCCAGAGCCCCCCUCACACCCAGCCCAACAGUCCUAUCAGGAGUUGAUUCUCAAUGAAGAUGAGAAGAAGCUCUUGGCGAAGGAGGGAGUGAGUCUUCCCAGCCAACUGCCUCUAACAAAGUACGAAGAAAGGAUUCUGAAAAAAAUACGCAGAAAGAUUCGCAAUAAGCAGUCUGCUCAGGAGAGCCGGAAGAAGAAGAAGGAGUAUAUCGACGGGCUGGAGAGCAGGAUGGCUGCCUGCAACGCACACAACCAGGAGCUCCAGAGGAAGUUGUCCCAGCUGCAGAAAUGCAACAUGUCGCUAAUGGAACAGCUGCGCAGGCUGCAGGCCAUGGUCAUGACCACCUCUAACAAGCCGGCGCAGACUGGGACAUGUGUACUGGUGCUUCUGAUCUCCUUCUCCCUGAUCCUGUUCCCCAACCUCAAGCCUUUCUCUGACACGAAGGUCAGCCAAGGAGACUUCAGUCCAGUCAGAAUCCAGUCACGGUCUCUGCAGAACCUUCAGGCUUCCCGCGUGCUGCAUGUCACUGAAUCCCUUUUCCCCGAUGAGGACGAAUCGGAGCCCCUGCAACGGCAUCUCCCCGGUGACCGGGCAUUGGAAGAUAUUACGACCAUGAUGGAAAAGCUGGGAGUGGACCCAUACCAGUCCAAUGUGGAGCCCAUUGCUGCAAACAGCAGUCAGCAAGAAAAGAUUGGUCAUUUCCAGGUGGACCCAAUUACCGGUCACAUAUCUUCUUUGACCUUGGAUCCCCAACGCUCUUCCAGGCUGCGACCACAUGCAGAUGACAUGUAA